AAUUUAUUUUAAAAAAAUGUCAACCUGAAAUAAAAACUAACAAUAAUGAAAUAUCCCCAAAUAUUGUAACCCAAAAUUCUGCUCCAUGUUCGUUGUGAGUCUUUUCAUUUUAUAUUUUUGUGUUAAAAAGCCCAAAACGCCUUGUGACCAGCCAAAGCCGCGUUCAACAUGACCCAUGUUUAUAUCCUAGUCUUGCAAAGCAGCCUUGAGAGGGUUAACACGAGCAGCGCCGAUCCCUCCUACUGAUCUUAACACACACACACACACACACACACACACACACACACAUGCACUGUGAACACACACUUUGUCAGCUGAGCCACAGAAGAGGAGGAGGGGGUGAGGGUCGCCGCCAGCCCCAGCUGUCGUCGGCUCAGAGCUGAGUCUCGUCUAUCCCGGACAGCCGCCGCCGUCGUCGCUCCAUGGGACGCCAGAGGUGGCCCCCCAGCACAGCACCCUCCAUGAUGGCCUGCCUCCAUGUGGAGACCCCCUCGAUCUGCACGGGCAAAUUCAAAUCGGCUCUUCAGCUCUUCCUGCAGCACAGACGAAGCCGAGAACAACUCGCGGAGCGAGGCGUCGCGCCCCCUCUGAAAGCCCCUGCUGCCCUCCAUGAGCGGAUUCGCAGUCUGGACAGGGCAAGGACGGGGAACAUACUGAAGCACAAACUUUGCCGCCGACCCGCUCGCUCCGAGCUGGUCCGCAUGCACAUCCUGCAAGAGAGCAAAGCCCACGCCUCCGUGCAAGCCGCUCAGCUGAAGCUGAAGAGGGCCCGGCUGGCCGACGAUCUCAACCAGAAGAUUGCUCACAGGCCUGGACCCAUGGAGCUGGUGGAGAAGAACAUCCUGCCCGCGGACGGUGGUGUCAACAAGGACCACGACGGUGAUAGUCCGGACCCCAGCGAGGCAAUCGAUGUGUACACUUUCAACGAGGACAACAAUGACCCUUUAUCGCCGCGCACUUGUUGCCAAACAUCUCCGAGCACCGACUCGGUCUCGCCCACACCGACCGAGGCCACGUCUCUUUCCUGUUCCGGCUCCUCCGUGCGGCAGCCCUCGCCGUCUAACUCCUCAUCCGAUUUAUCCUCCACCAGCGAGCAACCCGCAGCUUCAUCUCAGCCAACCACUGCUACGCUCACAAAGCAGAGCUCGCCAAAGCCGGCGGGCGAGAAAAGCCGCAGCAAAAAGAGCCGAGAGGCCAAGCCGAGGAUACGCAAGCUCAAGUAUCAUCAGUACGUUCCCCCGGACCACCAGAAGCAGGAACUGAAGCCCUCGCCGGCGGCCGCGGCGGCGCACGUGGAUGCCGCUUACGUGCGCAUCCUGCAGCAGCAGCAGCACUUUCUGCAGCUGCAGAUCCUUAGCCAGCAGCGUUUUGGCCACCAGCAGCCAGCGGUCAAGUCAACAGGCAAUUUCCAAACCAAUAGCUCUGCCGAGUUCUCGAACGAAAACUGCAAGCCAGAUCAGUUACCGGCUAAUGUGGACGAGAUGAAGGUAGCUGAGCUGAAAGUCGAACUCAAACUGCGCUCGCUUCCCGUCUCCGGAACCAAGAUGGAUCUGAUCGAGCGGCUGAAGUUGUAUCACGAAACUGUCGUUAGCCUGGAGACAAAAGUGCCCCAAAACACCCCAGCAUUGUCCCCCAAAGUGUCCGGCGCUGGCUUGGAGGACAACGGAAGAACGGACAGUCCCGCGGCGCCCCCUCCUGGCCGUACCGGGUUCCACGAGAAGGACCGACGUCUCCACGAGAAGGAGCUUCAGAUCGAGGAGCUGAAGAGGCGACUCGAGCAUGAGCAGAGGUUGGUGGAGGAGCUCAAGCUGCAGCUGGAGGUGGAGAAGAGAAGUCAGCAGCUGGGAGAGUCGCCUCCGCCCGGCCUCGGUCCUCCGUCGCCCCUCGGGGACGAGCGCGUGGACAUCAAACAGGAGGAGGCGGAGACGAGCCCCUCGGCGCCUCCUGCCGCAAAAGUGGACAACGCAGAACCUCUGAGCAAGACGUGGACGGGGCAGAGGACAGCGCAAAGUGUCCAUGACCCAUUCCCAUCAGGCGUCACGAAAGCGCCCGUGAGUGAGCCUGUCCAUCGCGGCCACAGUCCGGCCUUCACGCCGCCGCCGCUGCUAAAAUGUAAAUUCCUCAGAGAGCCUCCUCGCUAUGAAGACGCCGUGAAACACGCACGCAUGCUGCCUGCUAUUCAGGGUUUGUGUGCAGCCAGCCAGCAGAUGGACGACCUGUUUGACAUCCUCAUCGAAAGCGGUGAGAUGUCUCCCUUCCUCAAACCCGACCCUCCUGACGCCAACAAGCGACUGCCCGUCACGCCCAGCGUCACCCUCCUGCCCGUCAACACCGUCCUGUCGCGCCCUCCGCCCUGCGUCCAGGUGGCACACAUGCCCGCCGAGGAGCUUCCUCUACCCCUGAUCGCCAUGGAGAUGGGACUGGAUGACAGCAUGGACGCAGAGUCCGACCUCCAUGGCACGGACUGGCUGGAUCUGAGCGUGUCGGCGGCCGAGAGCGUCUUCUCAGCAGACUUCCUGGACGCUUACCAGCUGCUCUAAGGGGAACCGCAAGAAGGUCAUCAACAGAUUGCGACAGAGAUUGGAAGAGUGACAGAAAGUGGGCAUCUUUGGAAAGGUUGUCAAAAUUGCACUUUGUUAGAAAAAAAGACUGAAGUCCGCCUUUCAAGGAAUUUCUCCCAAAAGCCAAACCUGCCGACUAUGCAGUUAGUUGAUGACAUGCAAGCAUCACUGACGAGAACGACUGCGAGGAGGAAAAGUUGGACUGCGCUGCCACCUUCUGGUCAUUUCAGGAGUCGACCAGUUCCGACACACACACACACAGGCUGAUGGGAAGGAUUUACUAUACUAGUACAAGUCAACAAACUGUCAUGCAUAAUUUGUACAUGCUGUUUGUGUUACACAUUUUUUGUUUACUUUUAUACGCAGCUUUUUCGUUUUGUGUGCGUGCUAAAGUUGACAAGCUUCAUGAUUUCCCAUCUUGUACUUGCCAUAAAAGUAUACAUGGCUCUGAAAGUA